AUUAGAGGUCGGCGAUCAGCUGUCAGUAAAUCAAGAAAGUCUUGCUCGGUUAUGAAAUAAUAAUUAUUUUGCAAGGUUUUAAACAAAUGUAGCCUUGAUAGUUAACAAAAAUAUUAAUUAUGCUUACAAAAAUAGUUCGUUUGGGCAUUGUGGCCACUAAAUAUCAAAAGCCCACUGAGUCAAAAUACUUAGUGCCCAUUUUAGCAGUUCAAAAUAAUAGACAAUACCAAUGGAGAGAAUACAAGAACUUCGGACACAAAACCAAAAAAGAACCCAAAAUCUCAAGAGCAUAUUAUACGUUUUUAUUCCUUGGAGUUUUAGGAUGUAGCCUUGAUUAUAAAUGGGUGAAGGAUCAUUUACCAAGUGUUAGAGCUGAAUCUGAUAAUUCUAGAGAUAGUAUUGAAAAUGAGAACAAAGUCGAUGAAGUGGCAGAAGAAGAGGUUAAGAAGAAGAAACACAGAAGAGAAAAAGUUGGCUUCAGAGACAGAAAGAUAAUAGAAUAUGAAAAUAGAAUGAGGUCAUAUUCCACCCCAGACAAGAUUUUUCGAUAUUUUGCCACUGUUAAACUUAUCAGUGAAAAUAACGAGGUCUACAUGACACCUGAUGAUUUCUUACGGGCAAUCACUCCAGGAAUGAAACAACCUGAUGGUCUGGGCUUAGAUCAGUACAGAAGAUACGAUCCCAAGACCGUCCAGCAAAAGCUUGAACUCACUUUGGAUGAAGAUAGCAUUUUUUAUAAACUGGGAAGUGCAGGACUUAUAACCUUUUCUGAUUAUAUAUUUUUGCUGACUGUUCUAUCAACUUCAAGACGUCAUUUUGAAAUCGCUUUCCGUAUGUUUGAUUUAAACGGAGACGGUGACGUCGAUUGCGAAGAAUUCGAAAAAGUCGCCACCUUGAUUAGGCAACAAACGAGCAUCGGUUCCAGACAUCGCGACCAUGCAAACACCGGAAACACAUUUAAAGGCGUUAACUCGGCUUUGACAACUUACUUUUUCGGUCCGACUCUAAAGCAAAAGUUGACGAUCGAGAAAUUCCUGGAUUUCCAGGAAAAAUUGCAAAGGGAAAUUUUGAGUUUGGAGUUCUCGAGGAAAACUCCAGACGAUAACGGAAAUAUCACCGAAGCUGAUUUUACCGAGCUUUUGCUUGCCUACGCGGGUUAUCCACAAAAGAAAAAAAUACGUAUGCUGAAGAGAGUAAAGAAAACUUUCAGAGAUCAUGGUAAAGGUAUAUCGAGGGAAGACUAUCUCAACUUCUUCCAUUUCUUGAACAACAUUAAUGAUGUCGAUACUGCUUUAACUUUUUACCACAUUGCUGGAGCCUCAAUUGAUCAACCAACUUUAAAACAUGUUGCCAAAACGGUUGCUCACGUUGACUUGAGCGAUCAUGUUAUCCACGUUGUUUUCACCAUUUUUGACGAAAAUCAGGAUGGACAGCUAAGCAACAAGGAAUUCAUAGCAGUAAUGAAGAAUCGUCUACUAAGAGGUUUGGAAAAACCAAAAGACACCGGUUUCGUCAAAUUGAUGCAGUCAAUUUUAAAAUGCGCCAAGGAAACCAAACCUGCUUUAUUGGAUAUAUAAAUUAAUUAAUAGUUUUUUACUUAAAUCGGAUUGUUUAAAUUUUAUUAUGUUUUUUAUCUCUACUUAUCUGCCUCAUUUUAACAUUAUUAAGCCUAUUUUAAAGUUUACAUAAAGUUAUAAAAUGUU